AUGGGAGUCUACCUUUCCCCGGAAAACCACACGACCAGGCCCCUCUCAUCCACUCAUUCCCCGGGGCCUGGUGAAGGAAGGGAGGGUGGACUGGAAGGGCGUGGCCAGCCCCAACUACAGCCAAUCCCCGGGGGAGCUGGUAGGAGGUUGGGCAUCACGGGGAGGGGCGUGGAUCCACAACUUCAACUCAGCUGGACCAAUCCCGACCCCAGAGGCGAAAGGGACACCCUACCUGGGCCCAGGUGGGCUCCACUGUGCGUCUCUCAGUGGUUCCGCGCCCGGGAUGGAGUUAGCCCGGCGGCAUCCGGAGGAGACCAAGCCGGGGCCGAGUUGCCGAUGGAGCCCUUGGAAAGCCAGGUGCCGGGGCUGGCGCAGCCGCAGGUCCCCGCGGAGGAGCGACGACCAGAAAGUCCCGGGAGCAGCCCGGCCGCAGCCGUGCAGGUGGCGACCGGCGCGGGCCAGGACCUCUCGGGCGGGAAGAAGCUGCCCUCGCCUCGCCCCGCGCGCCUGCGGGUGCUGCCCGCCAGCGUCGGCUACGGCGCCUUCCGCCGCCAGUUGUCCGCUGGCCCCGACUGGUGCCCAGGGCCGCGCCGGGGGGAGCCGGCGCCCGGCAGCUGGGCGCCCACGGAGCUGCAGGUGGACGUGUGCGUGAAGCCCGUGGGUGCGGCCGGCGGCAGCCGCGCGCCUCGCCUGCGCCCUCGGGCGCUUCAUCACCGUCCCCGUGCCCGAGUCCCCGCCUUCUCCCGCCACGUCGCCCCAGUGUACCAGCUCCUGCCGCGGACCGCGUCCUUGGGCAGCACGUGGAGCCGCUGCUGGCCACUGGCUGCCGCCCGGGCGGAGCACCGCCUCGCGGAGGGCCAGACCAGCCCCACGGAAGGGGGCGCGGAGUCUCCGGGCUCCCCCACGUGCCGCUGCCGCUGCCAGGAGAUGGGGAAGGAGGACGCCGCGCUGCGGCAGCUCGCCGAGGUGCACGGCGGCCUGAAGCUGCACGGGGCUAUAAAGCUUACAGGGCUGCCCAUGUAUAUAAUGAAGUCCCUGCGCUGGGCCCUGGUGGUCAUGGCCGUGCUCCUGGCAGUGUCCACGGUCGCCAUUGUGGCCCUGGCCUCUAAAACAGGAGCGGGGUGCCGGCCGUGUCCCCAUGGCUGGCUGUGGUCUGGGGAGCACUGUUACUGCCUCUCUACUGAAGCUCAAGCCUGGGAGGCCAGCCAGGCUUUCUGCGCCGCCCACCGUACUACCCUCCCCCUGCUGAGCCACACCCAGGACUUCCUGGGCAGAUACCCUGUCACCAAGUACUCCUGGGUGGGGGCCAGGUGAGGCCCCCAGGGCUGGCACUGGAUCAGUGGGGCCCCCUGUCACCCCAGCUACCCCAGAGGAAGACAAGGACCAACCGGGUCUGAAGUGCUCGGCCUGGAGAGAGGCAAGCUCGUGGCUUUGGACUGCGCUUCUUCAAGACCCUGGGUCUGUGCCCAGGGGACCAAGUGACUGAGGUUCUGCCCAUUCCAACCAUGUUGGGGCAUACAGUUC